AUGCUCGGCCUCGGCGCAUAUGAAAGCAGUAGCGAGGAUGAGGACAGGGUGAGAUCCUCGCCCGAGCGAUCAUCAGCGCCCCCCAAUGGCCCUGUUCUUGGGCCCGAAUCUGGUCCUGUGCCGAUGAACGAUACACAAUCGCCUGGAGGUCGUUCAGCAAGUGGACGUUCCUCGCCUUUCUCAUCGACAAGGGCUUUGGUGCACGAUCUGACAUUGCCUCCAGUUCCCAAUCUGAACAUCCCACCGUCUCCCCCUGGGUCACCGAACGCAGCUCUGAACGCCAAAUUCGAGCACUUCCUCGCGCUCAAGAAGCAGGGCGUUCAUUUCAAUGCCAAGUUAGCAUGCUCCUCCUCCUUGAGGAAUCCCAGCCUGCUUAAGAAGAUGAUGGAACACGCCGGAAUCAAGGAACACGAGCAAUACAAUACAUCUUUGCCGUCGGAUAUCUGGGAUGUGUCUAACUUGCCCCAAUGGGCUUUCAAAGACGAACUUCUCAAGACACAACAAGAAGUUCGGCAGAGCCGAGAAGAGAAGAAUGCGACUGGUCAACGCUCAUCCAUUGAUUUUGUAUCCACAGCCGCCACAAACAAAUGA